AUGAAGUUUACCUCGAUCGUGCUGUCCGUUAUCCUCGUGUGCACCAUCGUUGGGCUGGAUUCAGUUGAAUGUAAUCGACGGGAUGUCCUGAAAGCGUUCCUUCCAUUGAAGACCACCGGAGGAAAGCAGCAGCGCAAACUACUGUCCGGUGGUUCGGAGCUGCUCGUAUCGGUCCAGUCGGAGCUGAUCCUCACCCAGGAGCCGUACAUUCAGCAGACCAUUGACGAAGAAGCCAACAUUCUUGACAGCCUCGCUGUUGUGUCCAAUAGGGCCUGCGCUAGUUACGUGCAAAUGGGAACCGAUGCGCUCAUGACGCUGGCUGGUAUCUCCUUCGGAAACUGUAUGGCCAAAAUCGACGAAGAUAUGUUCGCCGGCUUGUUCCCCGCACAGGAUAGUGCAGAUCGUCAGGCGUACGCCCAGGCCAGCCUGCUCAGCAGCAUCCGCGGAGUGAACAUCCUUACCGAUCCGGCCACUGUUCAGGCCACGAUUGAGAGCAAGCUGAGCUCCCCGGUCGUUAUAGAAGGAAUGGGCGCUAUUGGAGAUCUUUCGGCCGAUUUGAGAGCUGCACUGCAAGACUGUCUUUCGAACGCCCGAGCCCUGUUGAAGUCUUCGCUUGAAACCGCUUCAAGUCAGGCAGUUGAUGUUGGACGUCCGGUGUCGAUGGAGGUUAUUCAGCGACUGAAGGACAUCGAACCAAAGCAUGCGGAAAUAAAGCGACGUGUCAUUAACUUUGUGUACGCGGCUAAGUUAAAUGUCGUGGAGCGGAUCGAUGAAUUCUACCUACAGGUGUUUGCCGAAAAGGAGGGAUCACUUGCUAGGUCCAUAGUGAUUGAGGACGAAAUGUUGUAUCAGUUGGACCAUCAAGUGCAGUCGGCCGAUCGGAGUUGUCUUGAGAUAUUGCGGAUUAUCGUCGAUAGCAACAUGAACGUGGCUGGUGUCGGAUAUACGAACUGUAUUAACAGUGUCCAAGUAGGCCUCGAACGAGAGCUGGAAAGGGUGCUAAAGCUGCUGGAGUUUGAUGAGUCGAAAAUUCUCUACCAACGUUUACUGGAUGUGUUCGAAGGUGAAAAUAUUAUCUACGACCCGGAACGUAUUUUGGCCAAGUUAAAGGACAAAGCAUUCGAAAUAGACGCGAUGGGUAGCGACUGCUUGUCGGGAGUGUUCGAAAUCGUUGAGAAAUUCGCUGCGGCUCUGGGGGACCUUCGUAUAGCUUACCAAACGUGCCUGAACACAAACGAGUCUAUUCUGAAGAUAGCAAAUGAGGCAUUGAAGAGUCAGCUAACGGACAUUUGCCUUGACACUCUCGCAGACAAUUAG